CAAGAUGAAAUGUUAACCUAAACGAUGUGAAAAGAAUAGAGGAAGAUUUCUUUUGCUUUAAAUUAUUCGAGUGAAACAUUCGUCAUUGUAAUCUUUGUGUAAAUUGAAAAAUUUUAGAAUCAGUUCAUAGUUAACGAUAGGAAAUAUAAAAAAUGAUCAGAUGGAGUCCCAGUGUAGACAGAAAGUCCCCGAGAUUCUCCUUAACAUUGUCAAAAUUGACCCUCUUUCCACCGUUUGUACAUAAAAAUGAUGAAUCAUUUUUUGAAACGACAAAGGAAAAGCCAAAGAAAACCCGUCGUGAUCGCCGCCCACCCACUAAAAAGGAAACAAUUUCCUUGGGUGAUAAUAUUUCUACGUGUAAGAGUCAUCUGGCAGAAUCUUCCGCGAAAAAUGACCCAGCAGAGUAUGUUUUGUGCAAAGAUGAUUGCGGAUGGAAGACAAUGACGUGCAAAGAGCUUCAUGAUACAAUUGAGGAGGAAACAAAGAAAUUUACGCGUGUCAUUUUCGACAUUCCUCACGAGGAUCAGGAAGAAGAAGAGGAGUACGAGUUUGAGGAUGAAACGGACCCUGACGAGGAAAAGGAUGAAAUGGGGUCGUGGGAGUUGGGUGAAUGCGAAAGUUUUUCAUCCCUUAGCGAUAACGAAGAAGAACCGAACACCACAGAUCCGUGCAUGUCCCAUGAAUUGUACCUUCCAUACUAUAAGAUACAAAGACCAAGAUAUUUUGAAUCCACAAACACCGAGUCAGGAAAUAUUAUCAUUCGUUUGCCUAGAAGACCUCGAUCUCCCAUUAGACAAAUUCUACCGGACAAGUUUGAACUGAAAAACGCUUACAUGGAAUGGGACCGGAAACGACGGGUCUCGGAGAGGAGAAAAUACUUGGAGGAAUCGAAAGAGCGCAUUUCAUAUUCGAUCGGACGUUUAUCCAUGGCACCAAUCGACGAACGUACUCUGAUCAGCUCUAUGGUUCUUCAAAUGGUUUGCGAACAGGUCACAUUGACCCUGAUGGAUGUGGAGAUUGAUGUUGACGUUCAAACUUUCGUUAAUAUCGCUGCUGUCUGGGCAUUGUCCGAGUUGGACAUUUUUGAUUAUGGCGGGUUAUUGGAUGAAAGAUAUACUCAACCAGAAAACGCGAGGUUUUUCAAUUGGAAACAACAAGAUAUUAUCGAUGUAAUGGGAACUGGAGGGAUGCGGAAGAUCUUGAUGGGAGCUUAUAGACCACCGUUCAAUCGCAACCUCUUCACGAAUUUUCAUCGUCGUUUACCUUGGCCUUCUGUGAGCCCGUCGCACGCACGAGGAUACCCUAAGUUCUACCCGAAUGUUCGUGAACGGAUCGAUGAGAAAACGAAAGGAAGCGAGGAAGCACCGUCCAAACUGACCCAUGUGCCUAAUUUGACUUGCUUCCAUCUUAGAGAAGUUUUGGAUAAAUCUUACGUGGCGUAUAGAAGAAAAUCGAAAUCCUUCUUCCUCAGAUUCUUUUCUACUGAAGAGAAGAGUGAUUUGUUUAUACAGUUAUUGAGUUUGAUGUAAUGGAUCGAUGAAAUAUAUUUUCUAUUUUUGUUGCUUAUA